CAAAUUCCGUAAACAUCCCGACGUCACUUCCGCUUAAAUUCGCAUGAAAAACAUAGCAAACGCUGUAUUUAUUUCGUAUUAAGCGCUAUUUCCAUUCUAUAGUCCUGCGCGUCCAUCAAUAUUGAAGUGCAGAGACGCGCUUUUUAAAGCACGGCUGUAUUAAUAGCCUCAGUAAUGAAGGGCCCGAGUGCAGAGACUGAGGUGAUCGAGGAAGCACCUGCUGACCCUAACAAUGAAGAACUUCCUCCUUACCUGCGUGAAGAACCACCUGAGGACUUGGAGAAAGACCACCCUAAGAAUGAAGCAGGCGUGGUGUGGAGAGUGACAGGUGGGCUGUUCAACCUCACCAGAGGAGCGGUGGGCGCCACCCUUGGGGGAGUGGCCUGGGUAGGCAGCAAGAGCUUUGAGCUGACCAAGACGGCUGUGACGAGCGUUCCUGCAGCUGGAGUGGGAUUGGUCAAAGGCGGCGUCUCCGUGGUAACGGGAGGUGUCGGGGCAGUGGGGUCUGCAGUGGCUGGUAAAGUUACACCAAAGAAAAAAGACAAGUCGGAUUAGACUGACUGACUCGCUCCCACCCUUUGUUCGAUUCAGUGUGUCUGUGGUUGUCUGCCUGGAUUGUUCUCACUUUCAAGAGGGUUGGAAAGCAGUUGGCAGUUUCAUUUAGCCCAUGGGAAAAUUACUGUGUUGCAUUCACCAAAUACAACCCUACCUUGUUAAGUUAAUGUAAAGAACUGCAACAUGGUAUAUAAAUACACUUCGACCAACAUUAGUAAGCUACUGCAGAGGUACAUAAGAUAAUAGGGAUCUAACGCCUUUUGUUUGCUUAUAUGUUUGUCUGUAUUUGUGUAUUUUGAGUGUCGACUGAAUCUGUAUUAUUAGUGCGACAAAGACUUACUUUGGGACAAAGAGGGAUCAAAUGCUGAUAUCAGACAUUCUUCAUGAAAUUGUCCACUUCUUACAUAGGAAAUGGUAAAUGCUAAUAUACCAGCAGUUUUUCUUAAAAAGAAAACUUGGUUUAAUUACAUUUUUCUGUAAUAUCAGUUCAAACACUCCUUGUGUGCACAAAAUUAGCUCUAAUUUAGCUCUAAUGUCUUGUUUCAAGCCCAUCUUUGAACAGAAUAAUGUGAGAACUUGGAAAUUAAGUAUUAUUAUUAUUUAAUGAAUUAAUUUAAUACACGUGACACUAGAUUACCUUCGUCAUCUGAUAAUAAUAGUUUUAAACUACAGUACAUAUUCUCAAAUGUUCUUUAUUUUAGUGUUGUUUCCUUGAUACCAAUUUGAGUGCUGCCACAAUAUGUUUUCUCAGUUCGCUGUAUUAUCAUCAUCAUCAUCAUCACAUUCUCAUCAAUCAUGGUAAGUGCAGAAAUCUCUGAACGGCAGUUCACACGACAUUUGCGUAGAUUACAUUAAUGCUGAGUCUUUUGUAAGACAAUGUUUAAGCUGUUGAAAUUGAAUCUGUAGCCAGGAAACCAGUGCCUGGAGUUAAGAAAAUAAAUAAUUCACAUCUAAAAAAGGAUGCAAGGAAACAGAAACUACACAUUUUUUUCCAGUCUAAACUACUUUUAAGCAAGCCGCUUCAUUUUCUCUUUGCGAAGCAUCGCUUGUAGUUCGUUUGAGAUUGUUUUAUUGGCUGUACAUGUGCCUGAAUGUCUUGGGAGUUCUAAAAGCUCACUGUGCAGUGUUUAGUGUUUCAGAACAGUGCAAAAUAACCACAGGUGUAUUUCCUGCUACCCUUUUACAGCUGUUUACAUCAUAGAACCAGCACAAUCGAAAAUGUCCACAUUUGAGUAUUUGUUCGUAUGUUUCUGUCAUUUUCCCCCACUGCUUAAAUGUUUACUUCCUUUUGUAGUUUAUUUAUGCAAAAACAACAUAUUGCAUAUUAUUAUAUUGUUGCAAUGCAUGCUUGAAGCUCUAGUUCUCUGUACAACAUGCUGUUAAUUGUGAGUACAUAUUUCUUUUCUUUUUUUUCAUGUUUCUUUCUGUUUUUGCUAUCUACACACUUUCUGGCUGGUACCCAUGUCUUGAAGAUGCUGUUACUAUAAACUGGACUUUUAAGACCAAGUAGAUUUUGUCUAUAAUAGAACUAUUUUUGCUAAAUUG